AUGGAAUCACUCAACGUCCCUCAACUGUACCUCCUUGCUGGCAUUGCGUUUGCACUCGUUCUGUCACUCGCUCUACACCGCCCGAAGCGAGCGCUCCAUGAUAUCCGUGGUCCUCAGCGCUCGUCGUUCUGGCUAGGCAAUCAAGGCGACAUAAGAUACCAAGCCGAGGCUGGGGACGCAGAGUAUCCGUGGCUAUGCGAAUACGGCGGUGCAUGGAAGGUCCAUGGCCCCCUAGGAGAGGAGAACCUCAUGCUUGCCGAUCCGAAAGCCCUGCACUACGUACUGCAGACAUCUGGAUACCGUUACCCUAGGCGACAAGAUGCACGCGCGGAGAUCCGCAUGAUGUUUGGAGAGGGUCUUGUUUGGGCCCAUGGUGACCAGCAUCGGCGACAAAGAAACAUCAUGAAGCCAGCGUUCUCCUCGCCCCAGCUCAAGUCAUUCGUCCCCUUAUUCUUACACUAUGCAAGAGCGCUCGUUCAGAAGUUGAAGAUUGAAGAGCUCGGCCCUGCCGAUGAAGAUGAGAUCGUCAUCAAUAUCCAUAAGUGGCUGUCACGUACAACGCUAGACGUGAUCGGUGACGCGGGCUUUGGUUUUCUAUAUGGAUCACUGGACGGCAAAAGCAGCGAUCUAUCCAAGAUAUAUGAGAAUCUCUUUAUCGACUCUACGCUGUAUCCGCACCGCUGGAACUUGGUGUUCCGCUCAUUGUGGAAGUACUUCCCAACUGAGGUGCUCUAUUAUCUACGCUACUUUCCCAGCCGUGAAUACCGGCGCUUUCGGGGUUACCUCGACUUCAUGCGCACCUUCGGCCGCAAGAUGAUCGCUCAGACGCAGAUCAACCCGGAAGGCGUCAGUAAGAAUAUCAUGCAUGUAUUACUACGCGCAAAUGAGGCAGAUGAUGCUGGGUCCAAGCUCAGCGACCAUGAAGUUGUAGAUCAAAUAUCCGUCCUUCUCCUAGCGGGUCAUGAUACAACUGCGCUCUCGCUCUCAUGGUGGCUAUGGGAGCUCUCUCAACAUCCGGAGUGGCAGUCACGCGUGCGUGACGAGGUUCGUGAAGUCCGACGUAAGCUCACAGAGCGUGGCGAAGAGGAGUUCUCCAUCGGCGAUCUCGAGGGCAUGUCGAUCAUGCAGGCCACGCUCAAGGAGGCGAUCAGACUGCACCCUGUCGCGGGGAGUAUCUUCCGCAUCGCAGGGCAAGACGAUGUGUUACCGCUCGAAACGCCGAUCAUCACAAAGUCCGGAAAACAGAUUACCUCCAUUCCGGUUCGGGAAGGGCAGAACAUCGACGUAUCAAUCUCUAUGUACAAUCGGAAUCCAGCCGUGUGGGGCGAAGACGCCAAUGCUUGGAAUCCAGGACGAUUCAUGGCUAUCCGGAAGAACGGCCAAGCUGGUGUGGGUCUCUACGCCAAUACACUGACAUUCUCCGCCGGCAUUCGAGGCUGUAUAGGGUGGAAGUUCUCGGUGCUUGAGAUGCAGGCUAUUGCCGCAGUUCUCAUGGACCACUUUGAAUUCGGCUUGCCACCGCAAACUCAAGAGAACGUCAUCAGACGCAGACCGGCUUCGCUCAUGCUUCCCAUGGCGGAUGGGCAUCCCGGCGUCUGGAUGGGCUUGAAAGUCAAGCCAUGCAAGGAUGCAUAA